AUGUCUUUAAUUAUUGUAAUCUCAUGAGCUCACGAGGUUUGUAUUAGAACGUCAUUAUCGUUCAUUUACCGAAUCUCUUCUCCAUACCCCACGAACUCAACCACCAUUGUCGACUCCAAUUUCUCUAUCCUUUUCUUUCAAAAUUUCAAAAUCUCUGAUUACAGAGAUAAUUAAUGAGAUUGUUUCCUUCACUAACUUGUUAAGAGUUAUAGAAAAAAAAAAAAAAAAGAGAUGGAGAGACAGAGGAGUUUCUCUGUGAAGUCCACAAGGGUUGUCUUAGCAUUCAUCAUCAUAACAAUCUCUUCCGCCAUUGUUUUCUUCUCCGCUUCCCUAAUCAAACCCAACUCUUCUGAUCUUUACUCAACCUCCACUGACUCUAACUUCCAUAUCUCCGAUUUAAGCCCUAAAGCAGCCGUUUCCGUGGCUGACAAUCUCAAUUAUUCAGUUUCCCCUCAAGCAAGCCCCCCGAUUCUGACCUCUACCCAUUUCCACCCUCCCGAAAACACUUCGAAAGUUUCCGUCUUUGAGCAGAAGAUUCGCGGCGAGGGUUUGGUUGUUAAGGAAGAAGAAGAAGAAGACAAGGUGAUUAUCGCUAACUUAACUUCGAUUAAAGUGAUUGAACUACCGAGCAGCAUCGGUGAAGAAGAGAAGAAGAAGAGAAGAAUCGAAGAGUGUGAUGUUACGAAAGGGAAGUGGGUUUACGAUAGUGACUACUAUCCAUUGUACACGAAUGCGUCUUGUCCUUUUAUCGAUGAAGGGUUUGGUUGUCAAACCAAUGGUAGAUUGGAUCUUAAUUACAUGAAUUGGAGAUGGGAUCCUCAAGAUUGUGAUGCUCCCAGGUUCAAUGCUACAAAAAUGCUGGAAAUGAUUAGAGGGAAGAGGCUAGUGUUCGUUGGAGAUUCAAUUAAUAGGAACCAGUGGGAAUCUAUGCUUUGUUUGUUGUUUCAAGCUGUUAAAGAUCCCAAGAGAGUCUACGAAACGCACAACCGAAGGAUCACCAAGGAGAAAGGGAACUAUAGUUUCCGUUUCCUGGAUUAUAAAUGCACUGUGGAAUUCUAUGUUACUCAUUUCUUGGUUCGUGAGGGCAGAGCAAGAAUAGGAAAGAAGCGAAGAGAAACUCUUAGAAUCGAUGCUAUGGAUCGAAGCUCUUCGAGAUGGAAAGGUGCUAAUAUCUUAGUGUUCAAUACAGCACAUUGGUGGUCUCAUUACAAAACCAAAUCGGGGGUCAACUAUUACCAAGAAGGAGACCAGAUUCAUCCGAAGCUUGAUGUAUCAACCGCUUUCAAGAAAGCUUUGCAGACUUGGUCAUCAUGGGUUGACAAAAACGUUGAUCCAAAGAAAACUCGUGUUUUCUUUAGAAGCGCUGCACCUUCUCAUUUCAGUGGAGGGGAGUGGAACUCAGGAGGUCAUUGCAGAGAAGCCAACAUGCCGUUGAACCAAACCUUCAAACCGAGUUACUCGAGCAAAAACUCCAUCGUUGAGGAAGUACUGAAGCAGAUGAGAACACCAGUAACCCUCUUGAACGUUAGCGGUUUAUCUCAGUACAGAAUUGACGCCCACCCUUCUAUUUACGGAACAAAACCUGAAAACCGGCGUUCAAAAGCUGUCCAAGAUUGCAGUCAUUGGUGUCUCCCUGGUGUUCCUGAUACUUGGAACCACUUCCUUUAUCUCCAUUUGCUCAAUAAACGUUAAAAUACACAAGUUUGUUAAAUGUAGACUAGGGAGGGAUGCUCAACCCGGUUUGACCAAAGCAAUACCAUAUUGAAAAGAACAACAAUAUGAAAACCGAAAUGAACAUACAAACAGAGAAACCUAAAUUUUUUCGUUUUUAUUUCAUAAUUGAUUUGGUUUGGUUCAAUUACCCGAGUAUUUGAAGAAUCUGCAAGUCUGUAACCGGUAAUUGA